CCCGAGCAGAUGCUGAAGGAGACACAGACGGCCAGGUAUCCCAACGCUCUUGUUCUUCAGCCCAGCUCAGUGAAUCAGCUCCGUGAUGAAGGUCUUCAUGUUGACGGUGGUGCUUCUUGUGGGGGCUGCUUGCGCCUCACCCCAGGCUAGCAGACCACCUCCUCCUUCAGGUGGCCCAGGUGGACCUCCCCCAGAUAUGCCACCACCUUGCUUCAAGGGAAAAAUGGUUGCGUGCUUGUGUCCGAGCACCGUGGACGCCGCCACCUGCCAGGCCAUCAAGGACUCGGUUAAGGACGCUACCAAAGUUUGCUUCGGGACUCUCCUCGACGCCCAGGUCAACGCCAACGACACAUCGUGCCAGAAGCCUACAGGCACCGGCCCUCCACCACCCCCAGGCUUCCUGCCAAGCCCCAAGCUGCUGGUGCAGUGUGUUGCCAAUAACGCCUCAAUGACACAGUUCAAGACCUGCGCAGGUCAGGUGUGGCCCGCCUACAGCAAAGCCUAGUGGCUUUGUUGAGCACCCUGCGCGGCCCCUCCACACUCUCCUUAUAGCCUCGUCACACUGGAGCACCUGAGCAUUGAGCUACAAGUGUCGGCUGGUGCUGCUUCUCAGGCCAGCAUGCAGGGUGCAGCGGUGUGGUUGCUGUGCACUACAGCCUCAUUACUAACUACAGCAGCAACUACGCCAGCUCGGGGGGCUACAGGCCAGGAACAAUAUCCGCGUCAGUAACAUCACACCAACAAGAAAGACAAGUAACAGCUGCCGCGCUAUUAACACCACGAAAAGUAGCAUUAACAUUUGCUUCAAAAGUAACACGCAGCAAUAAGAUACAGAAUGUUUGUAGGUUGUAAACUGUAUCAGUUUCAGAAAAAAUAGAUUUCAAUAGUAUUAUGUACCCAAAUUGUCUUUGUAAAUCUUUGCACCAGAUACAAAAAUCUUGAAAAUUAACUUGCACAUUUCGGCGAAAUAUAUAGAUUAAAAAAAUA